UGGAGGUUGCAACCGCUUGCCCCGUCCCAGAGCUCCGCCGCGAGGAAGAAGGGCCGCCGAGCGCCGAGGGGGAGCUGGGGGCAGUGGGGACCCGUAUGUAGGGGGCUCUCCGAUCUGCCGGAGUGCGGCCGGCGGCCGCUACUGAUUGGCUGAGGGUAGGGAGCUACGUCAAGCUACUCGGCGGUGACGUCACGUGGGUUUAUUGAGACUGAGUGGGGAGAAAAGCCUUGAUGAAGAACCAAGGUGGGGAGAACAAAGCCGCUCUGCUGCCUGCUAGUCCUCCCAAAAUGAACAGCAAUCUGGUGCUAGAGGAAGGAGACUUAGCCGAGGCAGCAGCACCCCCUGAAGCUGGGGACUCCCCAAGCCAGUCCAGGACAUGCAACUCCGAGCCUUCUGCUGCUGGCAAUUCUGAGAGCCUGACCAGUGAGGAGCAGCAUAAGAAUGAGGCUUCUCGUGUGGAGGAGGAGACAAAAUCCUCCCAGCCUGCCAUGUGUGAUGUCUCUGAAGAACUGAGCAGGCAGCUGGAGGACAUCUUGAACACAUACUGUGUGGAUGCCAGCCAGGAAGGUCCAGGAGAUGAUGGUGGGCAGAGCGAGCCCGCGGAGCCAGACGAAGCGGACAAGUGCCGGAGCGAAUCCCCCAGGAAUGGCGAGCAGGAGCCAGGCUGCCCUGAGAUGAAUGGAGAGAAGGAGGGCUCCAAGGGGACCGAGGAGUUCCGAGCCAAUGACGAGUGUGGGGAGCGUGAUCAGAAACGGGCCCAGGAGAAGAAGAAAGCCAAGGGUCUCGGCAAGGAGAUCACUUUGCUGAUGCAGACGCUGAACACGCUGAGCACCCCAGAGGAGAAGCUGGCAGCACUGUGCAAGAAAUACGCUGAGCUGCUGGAAGAGCACAGGAACUCCCAGAAGCAGAUGAAGAUCCUGCAGAAGAAGCAGACUCAGCUGGUGCAGGAGAAGGACCAUCUGAGGAGUGAACAUAGCAAGGCCAUCCUGGCCCGCAGCAAGCUGGAGAGCUUGUGCCGUGAGCUCCAGAGACACAACCGCACCCUCAAGGAGGAAGGCGUCCAGCGCGCACGGGAGGAGGAGGAGAAGCGGAAGGAAGUGACGUCCCAUUUCCAGGUGACGCUGAAUGACAUCCAGCUGCAGAUGGAGCAACACAACGAGCGGAACUCCAAGCUACGCCAGGAGAACAUGGAGCUGGCAGAGAGGCUGAAAAAACUCAUUGAGCAGUAUGAGCUGCGGGAGGAGCAUAUCGAGAAGGUGUUCAAACACAAGGACUUGCAGCAGCAACUGGUGGAUGCCAAGCUCCAGCAGGCCCAGGAGAUGCUGAAGGAGGCAGAGGAGAGACACCAGCGGGAGAAGGACUUUCUGCUGAAAGAGGCCGUGGAGUCUCAGAGAAUGUGUGAGCUGAUGAAGCAGCAGGAGACCCAUCUCAAGCAGCAGCUGGCCCUCUACACAGAGAAGUUUGAGGAGUUUCAGAACACGCUUUCCAAAAGCAGUGAGGUGUUCACUACAUUCAAACAGGAGAUGGAAAAGAUGACAAAAAAGAUCAAGAAGCUGGAGAAAGAGACCACGGUGUAUCGGUCUCGCUGGGAAAGCAGCAACAAGGCUCUGCUGGAGAUGGCUGAGGAGAAAACCCUUCGGGACAAGGAGCUGGAAGGGCUUCAGGUGAAAAUCCAGCGCCUGGAGAAGCUGUGCCGAGCCCUGCAGACCGAGCGCAAUGACCUAAACAAGAAGGUGCAGGACCUGUGUGCCCACACGCCCCAGGCCGAAGCAGACACGCUGGAAGCCCUCAAGGACCCAUCUCGAGACAGCUUUGGUGAGCCAGCACUAGGGGGCGCUGUAGCACAGCAGUGCCCCAGGGAGGAUUGUCUUCGCUCAGCCAAGCCGAUGCACUGCACAGAACCUGCGGAGAACCCUGGAGAACUGAGCAUAGGAGCUUUGGGUUAGGCUGGGACUGAGGAAUGCUCUUGUGCUUACUAAGCUCUUGGAUCAGCAGGUGGAGAUAGGGGAAGGGACGGUAACAUGUGAAUGGUGCCACAGACUGAUCUAAUGUCCUUUCCUUAGUCCCGGCACUGGGGGCUUUGAGAUUUUCCAGUUUAGGCUUUUGGAAUUUUUUUUUUUUUUAAUAUAUACAUAUAUAUAUAUGAUAUAUAAAACGAUGUGCAGGGCAACAUACACUUUUAUAUAUGAAUAUAUAUCAACUAGAUUGACCCACUUCCCUGCGUGCGCGUGGAUAUCUAAUACACGGAUUUUCAACUGAUUGAUUGGCCCUUUUGCUAAAAGACCUUGUUAGUGGUGAGCUGGGAUGCCCUUUUAAAAGCUAGUGCAGCCCAGGGGGUCAGAUGGGUGAACCGUCUCCAGUCCCUCCCGCCAGCUCAAAGCAUCCAAACAACUGGAAAUAUCAUGAGCGCGGUCUGCAGCCGUUCUGCUUUCAACGUGACUUUAAACCAGAGAGUGGAAAUGGGGAGAACUUGAAGCAUUUCUCAGCCUUGGAUUCUCCUUUUUCUCCUUCCUGGUUUAAAUCCGACCUGGCUGUAGGCAGGCUGCUGGGGUGUGCUGGCUCAUUUUUUCCUGGUUAGCACUUUCUCUUUCCCUUAGAAGAAGGAGGGAAGAGGCUGUUUUUCUUUGUCAUACAGUCCAUGUAUUGUAUGGGAGCAAAAAGAAAUGGAGAAACAGUGGGGGUCUUGGACACAUCAGAAAGCCCCCUAGUGGCCGUCCCUCUGGGCCUUUGAUAUUUCCAGAACCUGCUGAUGUCUCAAUAGCCUUAUAAUUCACAGUUGCCUCUAUGCUAUACGCACACAUGCACAAGUGUAUUAAAGAGUUAAUCCAAAGGUCUACUUCCUACUUGUUUUGCACAUGAAUACCGUGAGGGGGUGAGGAGGUCCUCCAGGUUAUUGUCUAGAUUCCUUUCCCUGUGGAAGGGCCUCUGUGCUGCCCCACGGUAGGUGUUUACAAAGCAGUGGUUCCAUAAAGACAAAACCUCAGCUUUCUCCUUGGCUGAAUAGUUGGGCCCAUGAGCAAUGUGCUCUGGGCUGAGCCCCUGAGAAGGGAGCUAUGUCCACAUGGAUAUUCUACUGGCUGGGACGUGCUGCUGCUCCAGUGCUCUGGCAGGCUCCUUUGACUUUGUCGUAACAGCACCUCAUUCACAAGUACCCUUCCCCAGUAACAUACCCAUCUGACCGUCUUCCUGGCUGUCAGACUGACAGCUGCUCUGCAGGGAAAAAUUGCUGAGAGAAAUGGAUGCAUGCAAUCUCUCCCUUCAGCAGAGUGUGAGAGAAGCACACGAUUUGUCCAUCCAGUCAGGCCCAUAAGAUGGGGAAUCUGCUGCUUUAACAGGUCCUUAUGGGGGCAAAAUCCCACUGACUUCAGUUUGGGAGUCUUGCCUGAGCAAGGACUUCUGGAUUUGGCCCUCAGAUAACCAUUUCUCUAAACUCCUCCACUCAUGUAAAUCUCCCCAUUUUGGGGGGCAGUCGUCUGGUAGUUUUGAAGCAGGCCUCACUAAAACUUUAGUUCACAAUAUACUUUAUUUUCAGUACCAUCCUCCUUUGCUUAAAACCAAACAUGAUCUGCUCAAGUAAAUUUCAGUCACUCUCUGCUCUGUUAUCUUUCUUGGACUGGAUCCGUUUGGUGGGGAACUUUAAUUUUUCUUCCCACUGUUUCUCUUCUGGCAACACUGCUUAGCAGGCUCUCUAGGCAGCUACACAGGGCCUUGUAAACCAUCCACAGUGCUGUUUUGGGGAUCAGCCAGCAGAAGGUGCUACUGUACACUCGGCCUGUCUCCACUUGAGUUCAAACAGUAUUGACAGUGUGACUUUUCCGGUUAAUGCAGUAAGUCUGUAGUGGAGACAGGACCUAACAAGCUGGAAUCUUUCUGGUCUUCACAGAGCAGGAGGUCUUAGCCUGCUGAUUAGCCUGGGUCUCUCCUUAAGUCAGUGAAACGUACUCCAUGGAGCUUGGCUUUGGUUUUGUCUUCUGGCCCCCUUGCUUGAAGUAUCACUACUGUCAGCUCAGGGAAGUCUCUCUCUGCCUCUCAAUGCAAACUGGGACUUACUGAGCAAGAGAAUGUAUUUAUGACCUGACGGGACCACGCCUCGUUUUUGGAAGGUUAGUUAAGGUGAAGGGCUGCAGCCUGUAUCCGGACUUUCCUUAGCUCCUGCUGUUUAGAAAUCCACACUCUUUUUGCGAUGGUACAGAUAACCUGUGUCUGGGAUCUGUUGUAUGUAUCUUCAUAUCCAAUAGAAAUGCACAUAAACUA